AUGGCAGACCUCCCCGACAAAUACGAUGACCUCCCCGACAAGCGACGAUACUGGCCCGGCGCACCCAACACCCGCGACGAAGGGCUGGGGAUGCUCCGGCUGCUCACGCCCGAGGUCGUCGCCGCCGCCGCCCGCACGCAGAUCCAGACCGGCGAGCGCGUGUGUCUGAACUGGGAUCUGGAGAAGCUGAACCCUCCUGGCUUCCGUCGCAAACCCUUCGAACACCACGUCAAAUGGGUCUGGGAAGGCGUCGCCUUCGACGACGAAUACCACUUCAACCCGCAACAAUCCUCGCAAUGGGACGGACUGCGACACCACGCUGCGCCCGCCCCAAACGCCACCAGUGCCGACCAGUUGGUCUUCUACGGUGGUACGACGGCGGAGGAGAUCCUCGACCCGGAAUCCGCCCGCAUCGGGAUCGGACACUGGGCGAAAAAGGGCAUCGCGGGACGAGGGGUGCUGAUCGAUUACUAUACCUGGGUCAAGGAGAAGCGCGGGAUCACGGUCGACGCGCUCACCGCGCACUGCGUGUCGCUGGACGAUGUGCUCGCCAUUGCGGAGGAGUGUGGGAUUACGUUCCAGCGGGGUGAUAUCUUCUUCCUGCGCGUGGGGCUGCCCGCGACGUGGGAUGGCAUGGGCGAGCAGGACAAGUUGAAGUAUAGUCAGCAGGCGAUGCCGAAGCAUGCGGGCAUGGAGCAGAGCGAGCGCGUGCUGCGGUUCAUGUGGGAUAACCAUUUCGCGGCGGUCGCGUCGGAUGCCGUCAGCUUUGAGGUGUUUCCGGCGUUGCAGCCGGAGUUCGAUAUGCAUCACCAUCUGCUGGCUGGGUGGGGGCUGCCGAUUGGGGAGAUGUUCGAUCUGGAUGAGCUGGCUGAGACGUGUCGGCGACUGGGGAGGUGGUCGUUUUUCAUCUCGAGUAGUCCGUUGAAUUGUGCGCGGGGAGUGUCGAGUCCGCCGAAUUGUAUGGCUAUUUUUUGA